AUGUGGAAGGUCGACCGGCAUCUUGUCGACCUAGGAUUGAUUUUCAUCUUAAAUCUUGGAAUCCUAGAGCAGACUUGGGCAGCAGAUAAGAUCUUUGUGAGACUGCAGGGCGGGGAUGGAAUAACAACUGGCCGUGUUGAAGUAUCUCGCAAUAAAACUGAUUGGGGUACUGUAUGUGAUGACUUGUGGUCAGACCAGGAUGCACAGGUUGUGUGUCGUCAGCUUGGAUUUCAGUGGGGAACGUCACAUUCCAAUUCCCCGUUCGGAGAGGGCACAGGUGCCAUCUAUCUUGACAAUGUGCAGUGUACAGGGUCAGAGAGAACCCUUGCUGACUGUCAGCACAACGGCUGGGGCAUUAACAAUUGUCGGCACUAUGAAGACGCUGGUGUCUCCUGUUAUGACAAGUCAGUAAGGUUACAGUCACGGGGCCGAACUGAUGUCGGCACUGUUGAAGUUCGUCUGGAUGAUGGCUGGGUUCAGGUGUGUGAUGAUGAAUGGGAUUAUAAUGAUGCCAAAGUUGUAUGUAGACAACUUGGAUACAAAGAUGCCAUGUACCUCAGAGGUUCCAAGCUCGGCAAGAUGUCCACAGACUCUUUAGCAAAUAAGGCAUUAACCCGAUUUAAAUGUCGUAAUGAGAAAAAGCUUAUCAACUGCACACAUGCCCCAACCACAACAAAAUGUGGCACCAUGAACAGAGCAUCGGCGAUAUGUUAUAAUAAAUCCAAAAGUGAUGUUGAUAUGUCGUUCCGGGUAGAUCUGUUGAAUGGUUCUCAGCAUUGGGGAGAGGUGAAUGUUCGCAAACAUGGUAUUUGGGGUCAAGUGUGUUCCACAGGAACUGAAUGGAAUGACCUUGCUGCAAGGGUUGUGUGUCGUGAGCGAGGAUUUCUUGACGGAAAAGCCUACGGAACUGUCAAUGAGACUCUGCGUCCCAUAUGGAUUAGAAAGCUUAACUGUAGUGGGAAGGAAUCCAGUCUAGAAUCUUGUGUGAGCGACUCAGACUCAUGGGGUCGCCCAGUGCAUUCAUGUCGUGCAGCAUAUGCCCUUUGUUUUAAUAAAAGUGUGUCGGUGAGUUUGGCUGGAGGUGGAAGCUAUUUUGGACGUGUAGAGAUCACAUAUGAUGGAGUUACAGGAACAGUGUGUGAUAAGUCCUGGUCAUCUAGUGAUGCCAGGGUGUUGUGCAAGUCUAUGAACUUUGCAGAUGGCGAACCAAUAUCUGAAUCUUACUAUGGGAAAGGCACUGGCCCAAUCAUGAUGAGUGGAUUAGGAUGUUACGGACAAGAGAAAUCUAUACUGCAGUGUAGAAACCAUGGCUGGAAUGUCUACAACAACAGUGACUGUGCAGAUCAUUCUCGUGAUGCUUCUGUCAUCUGCUACAAAAAUGUGAGGCUGUCACGAGGAGAUCAUUCUUACGGAGUAGUUAAGGUCAUGGAUCAGUUCUGGUCUGUUUUAUGUGGAGAAGGAUUUGACUCCAAGGAUGCAAUGGUCAUCUGUAGGCAAUUAGGCUUUACAAAUGGACGAGCCCUUCCACCAGGUUCAUUUGGUACAUUUUACGGACGUUACACAUGGCCAAACCUGAACUGUACAGGAAACGAGACACAGAUUGAAGAUUGUGGAUAUGACCGGUUCCGAGGAUGUCAAAGAGACAACUAUCUAGGAUAUGCUGCUGUGUCCUGUUAUAAUGGAUCCUUAAGUAUCUCCAGUGAGAUGCGUCUAGAGAACAGUUCUGGGAGUGCACCAUCACAAUCAGGUCGCGUUGGCAUAAAACAGUAUGGCAUCUGGGGACGUAUCUGUCCUACCUCGUGGGAUGAUAAAGAUGCUGACGUUGUUUGUCGUUCACUCAAGUUCAGAGGGGGCGUGGCAUUCCAGGAAACUCCAUCAGGAAGCGGACCUUUCUUCAUGGGACAGGUUAACUGUCAUGGAAAUGAGUCAUCAUUGUUUAACUGUUCUAUGGGAGGGGAUGAAUGUGACUCCCAGUAUUCUGGUGCUGCUGGUGUAUUGUGUUACAAAAACACAGCUCCUAAGUUACACUUGGUUGGGGGACUGGACAACUUUGGGCGAUUGGAGAUUGUGAUGGAUGAUCAGCGGGGGUCCAUUUGUGACAUAGGUUGGUCACGAUAUGAUGCUACGGUGGCCUGCAAGCAACUAGGAUUUAGGGAUGGUGAAUACAGGAGAGGUUUAGCUGGACCACCUAUGCCAAAGUUUCUGACAUCAAUGAACUGUUUUGGUGCUGAAAAGAGUAUAUUCAUGUGUAAGAAUCCUGGCUGGAAACGAGGAAUAGAAUCUCGUUGUAAUAAUCCCAACCACAAUGCUGGUGUUUUCUGUUACAACAAUGUGAGAAUCAGUAACGGCGAGAGUCAGGAUCAUGCUACCACUGGACGGGUAGAAAUGUACAACGAUGGCAAAUGGAUCACGGUUUGUGCUGACCAGUUUGACAAGAAUGACGCCAAGGUUGUGUGUAAAGAGCUUGGUUUCCCAUACAGCAAGCCUCUCAUGCCUGGGGCUUUUGGCUCUAAGUAUUAUCUGAACUCCAUCCUACAGCUCAACUGUACUGGUGACGAACAGACCAUAUCCAAAUGUCCUUUCUCAGAGGGCACAUGUCCGAAGAGGUCCUAUAACUAUGCCAGUGUCCUUUGUUCCAAAAACCCAGUCGAUAACAAUGAAGUCAGGAUUAUCCCUGCUGGUGACUUCCCUGCGACAGUAUUAGUAGAAAAACAUGGUAUCAAUGGCACUAUUUGUGCUGAUGGUUGGACAGAAAAAGAUGCCAUGGUGGUAUGUAGACAGAUGGGUUACCAGGGCGGUGCCAUGUUUGGGUCCAGGUACUACAGCUCACGAACACCUAUUUGGAUGUCCAAUGUCAACUGCCUUGGCAAUGAAACCAACAUUAAUCAAUGUCCUUACAACGAGACUGCUGCUCAGACCUCUUGUCGGUCAAACCGUCUGGCAGCUCGAGUCUUCUGUUACAGAAGUUCUGGUUUUCAGAUUCGUUUGGGAGGCUCUGACAACGAGUACAGUGGUCGUGUGGAGAUGGCCUACAAUGGUGAAUGGGGUACAAUCUGUGACUCUUUCUGGAACAACGACAAUGCAAAGGUGGUGUGUCGCCAGCUUGGUUUUGUGGAUGGUGUGGCUCUGUCAUCAGGAACAUUUCCCCCUGGAACCGGGAGGUCAUGGCUGUACUAUGUUCAUUGUACUGGGGAUGAGAAAGCUGUCUGGGGUUGUGGAAGUACGGGAUGGAACGUCACACAUACAUCAUGUCGUACACACAGAUAUGAUGCCAGCGUCUAUUGUACAGGAAAAGUACGACUGGAGCCAAACAUAACCUUCGGUGCAGUGGAAGUGUGGCAGGAUAACGAGUAUGUCUUGGUAUGUGCCGACGACUUUGAUGAUGUUGAUGCUCAAGUUACCUGUCGAAUGCUUGGUUACCAAAACGGUAUCAGUAUCUGUUGUUCUGUAUUUGGAAACAUGAGCAAAUACAAAAUAGCCAUCAACAACGUCCAGUGUAAUGGUCAAGAGGCAUCCAUUCUUCAGUGUAAAUACAGCUAUCGUCUUGACGUGUGUCCAAGUGGGAAAUAUGCCUCAGUUGCCUGCUCCAACACAGCAUCUAGUGGAGAGUAUGACUUGCGUCUUACUGAAGGAGUCAUGGGGGCAGUCGAAGUCCGUCAUCUAGACGUUUGGGGGACAAUAUGUCCUGAAGGAUUUGAUGACCGUGAUGCAAAAGUUUUGUGUCGUGAAUUGAACUAUAGGGAUGGAUUUUCCUACUAUAGACAUGAGUUUAAUUCUGGACCUAGGAAGAGCCUGCCCUGGCUGUCCAAUCUUAACUGCUCUAGUUCAGAGGGAUAUCUCGCCCGAUGUGGUAAUCUCCGCUGGGGAGAUGUUCGAAACUGUUCACUCAAUACCAAAGCAGCAGUGUACUGUACAUCGGAUUCCAAUGUGCCUAUUCGCCUUGUGAAUGGCUCCAACAGUUUGUCUGGUAGAGUGGAGAUUGCCAUCAAUGGAGAAUGGGGUUCAGUCUGUGGAGCCUCCUACUGGGAUGAUAAGGAUGCCUCUGUCCUUUGCCGCAUGAUGAAUCACUCUAGUGGUCGUGCACUUAACUAUGGUCACUAUGGCAGUGGCAAAGGGCCUAUCUGGAUAGGACAUAUGAGGUGUAAGGGGGAUGAGGACUCUAUAUUCCAUUGCCCAAUGAACUUCAAUAGCCGUUACACUCGAGGAGAAAAUUCUGAUCCUUUCUAUCGCAGAUCAUUGGUCAGUAGAUCACUGGUGAUCAGACAAUUUGGCUGUACAUCACAUCACACAGAUGCAGGCGUCCAGUGUUAUGAUACAGUACGACUUGUGGAUUCCCAUGAUGUAUUCUAUGGACGACUAGAACUCUAUGCCAAUAAAUCUUUCCGCAGUGUGUGUGAUGAUGGUUUUACGGAUGUAUCGGCCACCAUUGUGUGUCGACAGUUGGGAUAUAAAUUUGGUCGCAAGCAGUGUUGUUCUGCACUUGGUUCUAUCGCAGCUUCAAACAUAACGAUCAGUAACGUCCAAUGUAAGGGUCAUGAGUCCAAGCUUGACAACUGUGACUAUGAAAUAAGCGAAUGCCCAUCCAAGAACUAUGUGUCUGUAUACUGCUCAGCAAAGGCCAUAAUCCCAUCAACAGCUAUGCAGAUUAGAAUAAGUUCAAGCAAAUACUACGGUUCUCUAGAAGCUAACCUGUAUGGCUUCUGGGGGCCAAUUUGUCGCAAGGACUGGGAUGAUAAAGAUGCUAAUGUAACUUGUAACCAGCUUGGGUUUACUGGAGGCGUUUCUUACCGUGGCACUACCAUCCUGAAAACACCUGUGGCUGUAGGGCGUUUUAACUGUACCGGCAAAGAGGAAAGACUCGAUCACUGCCAAUACAAACUCCUUGGUGAUGAUUUAGGAUGUUCAUCUAAAAUUGUUUUCUACAGGGAGACUGCUGGAGUCUUGUGUUACAGCAACAAAGAGGGUGUGUCCUUCCGUAUCAAGGGUAAGAAGAAUCGUGGCUCAGUAAUGGUGAAAUACAACGGGGAAUGGGGACGAGUCUGUGGGAGGGGCUGGAGUGACAGGGAUGCUUCUGUCUUCUGUAAGCAAAUGAAAUUUGUCGAUGGAAAGGUAGGAAAAAGCAAGACAGAGAAAGGAGAGGGACAUGUCUGGAUGGAUUAUGUGAGCUGUAACGGAGAUGAGAAGUCUCUGCUAGAGUGUAAAGUAAACUGGGACCCGAACUACGCUUCCUGUUAUGAUGCCACUGUCCUAUGUACAGAUUCAGUGCGGUUAGAGAAAGGAGACAUGUUGAGUCAUGGUAUCGUACAAGUGUACAUGGACAAGAUUGAUAAAUGGGGUGUUGUAUGUAAUCAUGACUGGGACAGGCCAGCAAACCUCCGUGUGACCUGCCAACAACUAGGAUUUGAGAAUGGACUGUCCAUCUGUUGUGGAGCCUAUGGAUAUCUUUACUCACAGAGUCUGGCUGAGCGAAUCCAGUGUUUUGGAAAUGAAACCAAACUCCAGGAUUGUAGAUCCGACAAUCCAUAUGGUUCCUGUUCUGUGGACUAUGCUGCUGUUGCCUGUUAUAAUGGCUCCUUAUCCUCUAACUACAGUCUUGGCAUUCAAGGUUCAACCAAAGACAGUUCUACUAAUUCAGGCUCUGUGGAGCUGAAAUUCCUCAACAUCAGUGGUCGUAUAUGUGCUGAUGACUGGGACAACAAUGAUGCCACUGUAGUAUGUAGAGAGCUGGGAUAUAGUAAAGGUAUAGCAUACCAACACAAGGUGCUGUUUGGAAAAGGCAAUCCUAUCUGGGCUUCCUCCGUCAGCUGUAAUGGAUCUGAGUACUUUCUCAAAGACUGUGCUAAUUUCUCACUGGGACAGGUCAAACAAUGUAACUCUAGAAAGGAAGCCGGAAUUCUCUGCUACUCCAACAGAGGUGUGAAUUUCCGUAUCAAUGGUUCAAGGUCGGCAGGCCGUGUGGAGAUUUCUGUUGAUGGAGUGUGGGGAACAAUGUGUGACCGCUACUGGGACAAAGCAGAUGCCACAGCAUUCUGUCGCUAUUUUGGAUUUGCUGCUGGAUUUCCAUACAACACUGAUAAGUACCGUAUAAAAGAAGGCAGGGUGUAUGAACCGGACAUGCACUGUAAUGGGAACGAGAAAUCUCCCCUCGAGUGUGCUCAUGAGGGUUGGAAAGUAGCAGAAUCGGGAAGCUGCAUGUCACAUGAUAAAGAUGCAGUGGUACACUGUUAUAAUACUGUUAAAUUGGAUUCUGGUGUCGGCACUGAUGUCAAGGAUGGACCUGUUCUGUAUUAUCACAACAACACAUGGAAGUUCAUCUGUGACAAGGGUUUUACUGAUAUCUCUGCACGCAAAGUUUGCCAAGAGCUUGGGUUUGUAGAUGGACGAGCUGUUUGCUGCUCUGCCUAUGUCACUGGAUAUCAGAAAAUCCUCGUCAAUUAUUCAUUGUCUUGUAACGGCAAGGAGAACUCCAUUGAGGACUGUUUGAAACCAUCUUCAUGUGGUCCCUAUGACAUGUAUGCCUCAGUCAUAUGUCUUAAUCAGACCGACUUCAACAACUCAUCAAUCCGUAGAGGAGAUAUGAAAAUCAAUCUUGCCAAGACAGAAAAUGGAGCAGUUCACCGAGGACAAAUUGCUGUCCACCAGUUUGGAAGAGAAGGUCGCAUUAUGGCCUCACUCUGGGACGAUAUGGAGGCACGAGUUUUUUGUCGUUCUGCUGGCUUCAGAUAUGGUUUUGCUCAUCCGUAUGCCAAAAGUCGGUUUGAAACUGUAUCACCAUUUUUCCUGAGUAGUUUUAACUGUACUGGCAAUGAAAAAUCCCUGUUAGAAUGUCCAUAUGAAAGUCGUCUUUCCAUGUCAAAUGGGACAAAGGAACACAUGGCUGCUGUUGUCUGUUACAAUGACAGUGGCAUAAAAUACAGAAUCGUUGGACCAAAACCAGGACAAGGUCGGGUAGAGAUGGCCUUCAAUGGCUUAUGGGGGACAGUGUGUGAUGCAUCAUGGGAUGAUCGUGAAGCAGCAGUAUUCUGUCGUGCCAUGAACUUCUCGGAUGGUUAUGCUGUUGGUAAUGCUCAUUACGGGAUGGGCAAGGGACCUAUCUGGAUUAGCCACUUACGUUGUGAUGGCAGUGAGGACAAUUUACAUACCUGUCCACAUCAGGGCUUCAGUGAAGAUAUUGUGACGUCCACCUCUGAUUGGAAAACUUGCAGUUCACACAAAGAUGAUGCAUCAGUAUUUUGUGUAGAUAAGAUUCGUCUAAAUUUAGGAGUGAACGCGUCCAUGGGGGCAGUUCAGAUAUACAGCAACAAGAAAUGGCUCCACAUCUGUGAUGACACGUUCGACAAUGACGAUGCUCAGGUUGUAUGUAGAACUCUAGGCUACAGAGAUGGGGUUUCUGUACCAGGAUCUUCCUUUGGAAAUGUAUCUGAUCCUAUCGGCAUCUCAAACGUUAACUGUGAGGGUCGUGAAGGCAGUUUCUUUGACUGUAGUUUUAUACCAACCGAGCGAUGUCAGAAGAAAACUUAUGCAUCUGUAUACUGUAGCAACCAGUCUAUUGUUAACACAGAUUUUGAAGUGAUGAUAUCUUCUGAUCAUGAGUUCAGUAAGCAACAUGGAGAAAUUCUUGUUAAAUUAAAUGGAAUUUGGGGCAGUGUUUGUUUGAAAGAAUUUGAUGAGAUGGAGGCAAACAUGAUCUGUCAAAAAUUAAACUUCAAAGGUGGUAAGCCAUACUUGGCCAAGGCAAGUAAAACAAAAUAUCCAAUACUGAUGAGUGAGCUGCAGUGUAAAGGGGAUGAGGAAAGCCUGGAUCAGUGCAAAUUUGUGAAGGUUGGACAGAAGAACAGCUGCAACUACGACAGUAAUAAAGCUGGGGUGCUUUGUUUUAAAUCAGAGGAAGGCAUCAAGUACCGACUAAAUGGUGGCAAGGACAGGAGUCAAGGACGAGUGGAGAUCCAGUACGAGGGAGAAUGGGGUGGUGUGUGUAACUUCCUGUGGGACACGCAUGAUGCCAACGUACUCUGUCGUAGUAUGUCAUUCCGAAGUGGCAUAGAAGUAGCUGGUGGCCGAUAUGGCCGUAGUGAAGGACCCGUCUGGUUCACACGUGUUUCCUGUACUGGUAAAGAAAACAGUCUCUUCACCUGUAAUCAUUCUGGAUUCAAUGUGUCAGGGAAGACUGAAAGCACAUAUGAACGGCUAUGUAGGCGUAGAUCCCAUGACGCUGCUGCUCAGUGUUACAACAAAGAUGUAGAUGUGACAGCAAUACGAUUGGCUGAUGGAGGGGACAACUAUGGACGUGUAGAAGUGUACCUCACUGGACCAGAACAGUGGGGUACUGUGUGUGAUGAUUACUUUGAUGACAAAGAUGCUACUGUCAUAUGUCGUCAACUUGGAUUUGCACAAGGAUAUGCCAAGAAAAUGGCAAACUUUGGUCGUGGAGAUGGACCCAUUUGGAUGGACAACCUUGGAUGUUUUGGAAACGAAUCUAAAAUUACAGAUUGUAAACACAAUGGAUUUAAUGUUGAGAACUGUAACCAUGCAGAGGAUGCCAGUGUUAUCUGUAACGGUUCUUUGACUAGUAAACCACUUGUGAAUGUGCUGUCAUCUGACGAGAACUUGGCUUUAGCGGUGACCAUACCUGUGAUCGUGUUACUCCUUCUGUUUGUGGCAGGCUUAGGAUUCUUUUUUUAUAGACAAGUCCAACCUCGUGGAGAAAUAAAAAAAGUCCUUGUAGACAAUGAAACAAUGGAGCCUGGAUCUCAGGCUGCGGCAAGUUCUUCAGCAUCAGCGUCAGCCGAAGGUCAUGUGACAUUUUCAAAACUAAAAGCCCGUUUUACAAAAGCGAAGCCAUCCAUACAAAAUGGUAGCAAGGAGAAAAGUGCCACACCUGUGAAGGGUAUGAGUAAUCCAAAUUAUGAUAACAUGCCGGAUUAUGCAAACAUGGGUGACAUUUCUAUAGAACAUCAAGGAGGUGGCGAGUCAGUGAUGUAGGUGUCAGAUUUUAUUACUACACAUAUGUUACAUAUCAUAAGCCCACCAUGUUCAGCAGAUACCUCAGUCCAUGAUAUACGGUGGUCAAAGGUCCUGCAAUGGUCAGUGAUCAAAGGUCCUACAAUGGUCAGUGAUCAAAGGUCUACAGAUAUGUAGACAGUCCAAAGCUGCCUUAUUAGUAACAGGCUAUUGCUAGGCUAGGUACAUUGAUCACAAAGAUUGAUUAGAGCUAUAUUCUAUUUUUGUAUUUCAAAGAACAAUUUAUUUUUCGUCAAUUGAUAGCCGAACGUUAAUUAUAUGUCAGUUUACGACGACCUUAUCUGUCAGUUCUGUAAAAGUUGAUCAUUUUAUGUGUGAACAUACUUCAUUAUAAUAAGAUCAAUUACACAACCACUAAGUGGAAACAUAAUUUUCACUAAUAUUAAUUUCUUCUGUUGUUCAAGGGAAGCAUUCAAUCCACAAUAAUUAAUGGCCAAAAAUUUUUCCUGAUUUAGUGAAAAAAACUAGCUUUAAUUGGUGCGAACUUUACCAAGUCUACAGUAUGAUAAGUAUGUGAUGUCAUCACCCAUUUAUCCAUUCAUUAUCAUGUGAACUAAUACUAUUUGUGCUUUUAGGGAUCAGAUGGACUGUUAAAAUCUUCAGUCACCCUAUAAUGAUUAAGUGAUAAAAUGAUUGUGUUUGGCCUGAAGCUUGCUGAUAUGAAGGUCCAUCAUUUCUGUCCAAAUGAAUUAUAUUGUCUCACAUUUCUACAAAUGUCUAUAUGCUCAGUAUUCAAGUGAGUAAAAUACAAACUGCAUGGAUCUCGUAAUGACUUUGAAUGUUGUAUCUAGUCUUGGAACUGGUCAUCAAAUGUGGCUGUAAGCAUUUGUAUUAAUCAGCUUGUAAUUUUUUUAACAAACCCCGCCUCCUUCUCCUAUUGUAUGGGGCAUAGUGCCAUGAUACAGACCGUUUAUUGUGAAGUGUUUUGAACACAGAAAAUGUCUACUUUUACCCUGUGUUGACAGUAAAGGUUGUGUAAAACAGUGUAAAAGAUGAUUGUGCUGGAUGUUUAUGAAUGGAUUUUUAUCAUCAGGAUUAAAUGUAUGUUAAUUGUGGAAGAUGUGUUUUAUACUCUACUGCUGUGAUACUGUAGAAAGUUUGGGCUAUAAUCCAGCCGUAGUGUAGUAUGUUUCAUUCUCUUCCAUUCUAUUCUCUUGCUUUUUUAGUGUCAAUUUUAUUUCUGAAUAAUCUAUAUAUCGUUUCCUGGUCUGUAAAAUUAAUACCAUUCCAGUCUUGUACAUAUUUUAUAUUUGAUAACAUUUAAGAAAUAGUCUCGGUCUAAAGGUUUGAUGUGCCUUAAUAAUCAUCACAACAGACUAUGGUUUUGUUUUCUGAAAUGGUGCUUACCCGUAUAUAUAGUCUGUUACUGUGAUCAGUUUCAAUAAGAUACAGAUAUUUUAAUUCCAAUAUUAAUUGCUUGGUAACUUUCAUUCAAUUUACAAAUUUCAGAAUUUCAGAGAUUUUAAAAGUCUCAAAUAUUUCAUAAAACUUUCCAAUUUUCAUAACUAUAAUAAUCAAGGUGGUGUCCAAACUUACAUUUAUAUAUAUCAAUACUGUGAUAUCUUAUGAUUUUAUUAAAUCACUACUGCCCUCCAACAAAACCCAUGUUUUCAUUCUUCAAAUGAUUGAGAAUAAAAUCUGUUUGUAGGUCAGAAGCUGAGAUUUGUUUUCCUUAAUUAAAUGUAACUAUCACAAGUUUUUGUUAUUAGAAAGAUUUAAGAUGACACAUAAUUAAAAACUGUUACUACCUAGCUUUAUUUCUUAUCUAUACCUCACAUCUAGUACUAAUCAUGUUGUGAGUCUGUGAAGCAAUUUGAUUACAGGAAUGUUAAUAACAAAAUUUGAAUAACCACAAAGUUGGUUAAUUUUGUAAUGAUAUAUGUGGAUUCACCAAGAAAUUAUUGAAUUAAAAAACAUUUAAAUUUCUUGAUUGAAAGACAGUAGACCCAUGCUCAAAACAAAUAUACAUGAGGAAGUUUAUUUUGAUUUCAGUUUCAGGCUCAGAAUAAUUUAUGUUAGAUCAAUUAAAAUGAGAAAGUCAUUUUUUCCAACUAGUUGUUUAUAACUUCAUGAAUACAUGUAGUUUUAAGGAAGAAAAUAUAUUACCUUGAACUUGAACUUUAGUCACCAAGACUUAACUUGGGAAGUGUAAUGUUUAUGAUACAUCAAAUUAUAGAUAAACACGAUUUGUAAAACUAGGAAAUACAUAGGUUUAAAUAGUGGUUGUAUGAUUUACCUAUAGAGUGACAGGUCAACUUCUUUAUGCAAUACAUUUGAUCAAAGAAGGAAAGAUAUUAAAAUACAUGUCAUGGUGAUUUGUGGAAAUAUGGUAAUGUAGAGGCAUAAAAAACUGCUGACAGAGGCGAAACAGGAUGUAUUGACAUAUGGCCACCGGGUCAAUUUAUUUUACUUUCAAGAAAUCAUAAAACAUGCUAUAUGUACAUUCUCUCAAUAUGUACUUGACACAACGAAACAUUCCUUCAUUAAAUAUGUAUGUUUUAUAUCAUAAUAAAUA